GUGGCAGUAAAUUUAGGGAAACCUGUUAUGUUACCAGAGUGGGUUGAGGCAUCCUGGGAGAGAAGUAAAACAAGAUACUACAUCCAAGCCACAGACGAGGAAUUCUCUGAGUUUAUAUGCCCUCCUUUCAAAGGAUGUGUAGUCUGUGUAACUGGAUUGGACAGACAAAAAAGAAAAGAUAUUAUUACACUUGUCGAAGAAAAUGGUGGUACCUACUCCGGUGAAUUAAUACAAACAAAAUGUACGCAUCUUAUUGUUGAUAGUCCGACUGGCCAGAAAUAUGUGUUUGCAAAGAAAUGGAAAAUAAUAUGUGUCACAUCUAAGUGGUUGUAUGAUAGCGUUGCGAAGAACACUUGUUUAGAUGAAACAUUGUAUCCAGUUGAGAAAGAAAACGGUGAAAAUGUGGAAUUUGUCAGACCAACGUCAACGCCGAAACGAAUGUCACGUCAAGUGAAACUGUCUAGUACUGACAGUAUGGGAAUGGCAGACAUCAGUAAUAUCAGUGUGAGCUCAGUAGCACUGGUCAAUGACACGGUGAUGUCCCUAGAUCUCACUACACAUACUGAUAAUAUGUUCCUUGAUGGAUGCAAGAUAUAUUUGUGUGGAUUCACAAAUGAAGAGAUGGAUAAGCUACAGAGAAUUAUCAAUAUUGGUGGUGGAUCAAGAUUCAAACAAUUGUUGCCGAGUGUCUCUCACGUUGUCAUGGGACCUAAAGACAAGAACACCAUAAAAACUAUCACACAAGAAAAAUUUAGACUAUAUGUAGUGACUGAACAGUGGCUGGUGGAUAGUUAUAAUCAAGGCAAGAAGCUAGAAGAGAAGGACUAUGAGUGUUUUGAUACAUCCAGUCUUGACCAGGAUGAAGAACACAUGAAUUCUAGCGUUGUACAGAAAAAAACGAAUGAAGUCAAAGAGAAGAGAAGUGCAAAAGAAGACAUUGACAUUACCUGUGUUGAAGACGAUGAUACCACGCUGAUGGAAAUGUACCUACCUCAGAAUACAGAUGAAGAGCAAAUUCCACAUCCUGAACAAAAUGCUGAUGCUGAUGUCACUUUGGAACAUGUCCCUAUGACAACAAAGGAUGGAGAAGACGAUGAUGUGACUUUUAAAAACCUUCCAGAUAAUAAUGAUCCAGAUGAUGGAGAUGAAACGAUGGAGCCCGGUGGAGGAGAGGAGGUUAAAGAUGAAGAAGAAGAACAGGAAGAAGAAAUAAUGGAAGGUGGAAUGUUCAGUGGGAAGAGUUUUAUUAUAGAUGGUUUUCCUGAAGAACAAACUGCUGUCUGUGUGGAACUAGUGGAGCAGAUGGGAGGCAAAGUGAAAACAGAUAUUUCCCAUGAUCCUGCUGACUACUGUAUUGUCCCAACCAUUGGUAACUAUGACAACCUGGAUGGGACUACCAUGGUAACCAACUGUUGGCUCCAGAUGUGCAUGGAGAAUGAGGAGUUCCUUCCAGUCGACAGUAACGAGUUUUUCACACCGAUAGCUAUUCCCGAUGAUUGUCACCCACUUGACGGCUGUGUCCUGUCAAUCAGCCAGUUUGCAGGGACCGAACGUGAAUGUCUGUUUCAUAUCUGUGAAUACCUUGGUGCUGUGGUUCAAGACUAUUUUGUUCGUAAGGCACGCAAAGGCGUACUGGCAAACACUCAUCUCAUUCUACAAGAACCGCAAGGUAGCAAAUACGAGGGCGCCCUCAAGUGGAAACUACCGACCGUUAGUAAAGGAUGGAUAUUGGAGUGUGCCAGAGUUGGUGAGAGGGUGUCAGAAGCGGAUUACAUUAAAAAAAAAAUAUGA